GACGCCCCAGCCUCAGGAGCCUCCCUUUAGGAGAUAGGACCCUGCACCCAUAGCAGCUGCCUCUUUUCUCCAGAAAUUUGGCACGCCAGGUGAGCGGGGGCAGGGGUGGUGGCGCAGCAGAUCUGAGUGUCCUCCCAGUGUCGACAGAGAAGGUCCACGUUAGAGCCUGACGCAAGUGACAGCCUUGCAGGGACCACAGGCUGGCACGAUGCGCGUGGUAGUGAUCGGAGCGGGUGUCAUCGGGCUGUCCACCGCCCUCUGCAUCCAUGAGCGCUACCACUCGGUCCUGCAGUCGCUGGAUGUGAAGGUCUACGCAGAACGCUUCACCCCGCUCACCAACACUGAUGUGGCUGCCGGCCUCUGGCAGCCCUACCUCUCCGAGCCCAGCAACCCACAGGAGGCGCACUGGAACCAGCAGACCUUCAACUAUCUCCUGAGCCACAUCGGUUCUCCCAACGCGGCAGACAUGGGCCUGGCCCCAGUCUCAGGCUACAACCUCUUCCAUGAAGUCGUUCCGGACCCUUACUGGAAGGAUGUAGUUCUGGGAUUUCGGAAGCUGACUCCGAGAGAGCUGGACAUGUUUCCCGAUUACAGCUAUGGCUGGUUCAACACAAGCCUGAUUCUGGAGGGAAGGAAGUAUCUGCAGUGGCUGACUGAAAGGUUAACUGAGAGAGGAGUGAAAUUCCUCCUAAGGAAGGUGGAGUCUUUUGAGGAGGUGGCAAGAGGAGGAGCGGAUGUGAUUAUCAACUGCACUGGGGUAUGGGCUGGGGCUUUGCAACCAGAUCCCCUGCUGCAGCCAGGCCGGGGGCAGAUCAUUAAGGUGGAUGCCCCGUGGAUGAAGCACUUCAUUAUCACCCAUGACCCAGAGAGAGGCAUCUAUAAGUCCCCGUACAUCAUCCCGGGGAUCCAGGCAGUGACUCUUGGAGGCAUCUUCCAGCUGGGGAACUGGAGUGAGACAAACAAUAUCCAGGACCACAACACCAUUUGGGAAGGCUGCUGCAGACUGGAGCCCACACUGAAGGAUGCAAAAAUUGUUAGUGAAUGCACUGGCUUCCGGCCAGUACGCCCCCAGGUUCGACUAGAAAGAGAAGAGCUUCAUGUUGGAUCUUCAAACACAGAGGUCAUCCACAACUAUGGCCACGGAGGCUAUGGGCUCACCAUCCACUGGGGCUGUGCCCUGGAGGUGGCCAAGAUCUUUGGGAAAAUCCUGGAAGAAAGGAAUUUGCUCAGGAUGCCACCAUCCCACCUCUGAAGAUACCAGUGACCUCCGCCUCCCCCACAAAAACUCCCUGCUCCCCUCAGCCAACUACUCAUCGCACCCAUUGUUAACCGCCCCCUCCACCCCUGACUCCUUUUUGCAAGAAGCACAAGGUGAGAAGAGGAAACCACAAGGUCAAUUCCUGAAGGAGAGUCCUGCGCCCUCUGAUGGCUGAGGUCUCUCCACCCUCUCCAGGCCUGACAUUAAGAACAGCUGGAGGCUGUUAGCCCAUGAGUCCUCAGAGGAAGGGAAGCUCAGAAUAUCCAAGUGGCGAAGGAGCUCUGAGUGAGGGAGGCUGUGAGGGAGCCUGUGAGGGAGCCCCGAGCGAGGGAGAUCCGGGUGAUGGAGGCUCUUGCAACCUUGGUUCUCUAAGGCCACAGAAUGCACUUGAGGUAACUGGUAUCAGAUUUCACUGCAGGAAUUUAUACAUAGAACGGGGGUAUAGAGAAGGCAGAAGAGGAGAGCCAUUGAACUAGCAACACGUGAUGCCUGUUGCACAUCCAGGACUCCUAAUGGCUUCAGCUGCCCACUAGCGGCCCCACGGGCACUAUGUAACCCUUGAGGAGGAUCCCUUGGGGGUCAUCCCCAAAGGAACCCCUUUAUAGAUAACUAAAUUCACCAAGCAGAUUGAACGUGUCCCUUACCUUCUGGCUAGCACACUCUGGGAUAGCAAACAGGCUUCCAGAUGUUUCUGAGAGCUUUGAAUGAGCCCAGAUGGCACCUUAGCACCUUCAUCCCUAAUUAUCUGCCUCAGCCUCUGAGGUGAAUUUUUAUCUCUCCGGGGCUUUGGUAAAAACCAGAGCCUAGUAUUCCUCAUGCAUCUGGGACCAGUGACACCCUAUGUGCCGUGAAGAGGUCUUGACUGGCCCAUGCCAUCUAUAUCCAUGCCAUUUCACGUGAUGGGCUCUUCAUGGAGCAUCUGCCAUGAAGAUUUUGGCUGGCCCUAAGCUAAGCAGGGUAUAAGAGCCAAGAUCUUAGAAUUCCUGCCCUAAUAAUAAUAACAACAAUUAUUAUUUUUAUUAUAGUUAUAAUUUUUUGCAUUCUAACUGGCUACUGGUGCUAAACUCUUACAAACAUUACUCAUUUAUUCCUUACAACCUACCCCCACCACCCCCAUGAAGUAUCUAUUAUUCCUAUUUUGUAGGUGAGAAGACCAAGGCACAGAGAGGCAAUACAAGGUCAGCAGCUGGGAAGGGGUAGAAUGGAGAUUCAGGGCCAGAAAUUAUGUGAUUCCAGUGCCUCACUUUCAACCACCAUGAAACACUGAAUCCCAGGUUGGGGGGAAAUAUAUAGUUAUGAAGGAAUCGGUUGGCCUCCUCCCCAACUACUUCUGCAAACACACUGUAAAGGAACCAGGUCUCUCCUCCUCACAGCCACAUUUGGGCCAAGAUCAGGGGACUCUCACCAGACUGGAGUCAGGGACACUUCCUGGUGCUUGGAGUGGAACACCAUUUUUGACUAAAGUGAUUGCCCAUCCUAAAAUUCCCCAGGGAAAGUGACCCCUACUGGUCGAGGUUAAUUGUCAGCAGGAACACUACAUGGCCCAGAACACAGUGAACUCACAAAAAUACAUGGCCAGGAAAGUCUCUAUUCAGACCCAAAGUGACCCUCCUUUUUGUAAAUGGUAAAGACCUCUUUGCAAUGUGGUUUCCUCUUGAUUCCAUUCCAAGAUUCAGAAUAGAAGGAGCAUGGGGAAAUUCUGCAAUCCACAUGGCACUGUAGGACAUGUGCCUUGAUGUCUUCAUUUUUCUUCACUUAACAUUCCUGCUCCUUCCCCAGUGGUGAUCUACAACCAUAUUUACAAUGAAUUCUUGGCCACUUGCUGAGUUUAUAAAAGUUUAUCUUUUCUCAUUGAAUUGUUUUGGAACUUUGGUCAAAAAUCAAUUGACCAUAAAUGUAGGGGUUUAUUUUUGGACUCUCAUUUCUAUUCUAUUCAUCUGUGUAUCUAUCCUUAUGCCAGGACCACACUGUCUUUUUUUUAAUACAUCUUUAUUAGAGUAUAAUUACUUUACACUGUUG